AUGAACGUGUCAGCUGCCAAUGUGACCUUGGUUGCAGAGUAUCGGGAUUCCUUCACCAAAGCUGUCAUCAAGAAUGUCAUWGUUGUGCUUCUCAGCCUUUUCAUCAAUUACAUCAAUGCAGGACUCAUUUAUACCUUCUGUGAACAUCAGAUCUUYAACUCAAACCCUCGGUACAUCCUGUUUGUCCACUUGGUGGUCAACGAUAUGAUCCAAGUUUCAUUGACCGUCGCACUUUUCAUCAUCAGCUACAUCCUCUACAAGAUACCUGUUUUUGUCUGCUGCAUGCUAAUGUUGUUUACCAUCGUCACCACUGAAAACAGCCCCUUGAACCUGGCCUGCAUGGCGAUGGAGUGCUACGUCGCCAUCUGCAUCCCUCUUCGUCAUCCUCAGAUCUGCACCAUCAAGAGAACAAGGAUACUGAUUGGUUUCAUCUGGCUGACCACCACUUCCUUUGUUUUUCUUGAUCUCUUCCAGACUUUGGCCAUUGAGCCUUUGGACUUCUUUAGAUCUAACAUAUUUUGUGUCAGAGAAGCAGCUUUUCGAAAUCCCAGCAUCAUUGAACGGAGGAGUAUUACCUAUAUUACAUAUCUGUGUCUAGUAUGGUGUGUUCUCUUUUACACUUAUUUUAAAAUUAUGUUUUCAGCAAGAAGCAUUCACACUAGCAUCUAG